AUGAUAUAAGAUAAUCUCGUGCUAAAGCUCAUUUAUAAAGAUAUCAAAUUGAAAUUUUCCGUUCCAGAUCCUUCUUAAACAAUUGAAUAACUAAAAGAAAUUGUAUUAAAGAAAUUAUCAGAGUAAGGAAUAAAUUUACAACCUAAUAAUGUUUAAUGUAAUGAUUCAGAUGAUUUUAUGCUUAAUUCAUCUGAUAUAAUAGGAUAAUUAUUAAAAUAAAACGACACAGUCAAAUUAGUAGAAAAGGUGGCAGAUAACAUACUACAAUAAUAAUAACAAUAAUAAUAAUAAUAAUAACAAUAAUAAUAAUUAUAAGAAACAACAGAAGAAGUUCAAAUAAUUUAAUAAUAAGAUCCUGCCGAAGCAAUAGUAGUGCUGUAUGAUAUUUCGGGUUCAAUGAGUUCAGCUUUUUUUGGAGAUAAAGAGCUAUCUAGAAUGGGUGCAGUAAAUGCAUUUUUUUCUGCUUUUGCUGAUAAGACUUUAGCUUUUGAAUUUAAUCAUAUUGUAAAAUUGGUUUGGUUUGGUUCUUAGUUAUAUGAUAAAUGUGAAUUUACAAGUGAUUUCAAUAAAUUCAUAAAAUUGGUAGAUGAUGCAAAUCCUGGAGGUUCAACAAAAUGUUAUGAUGCGAUUGAUUAUGCAAUAAAAAAAUUAUUAGAAGUAAAAUAAAAAUACCCAGAUAUUGUAUUAAGAAUAAUUGCAUUAACAGAUGGAGAAGAUAAUGCUUCAACUAGUAAACCUAAUACUUUGGUAUAAAAAAUCUUUGAUAAUAAAAUAAUAAUUGAUUCAUUUGUUGUUGGAGACAACUGUGUAGGUUUAAAAACAUUAACUCAUGCUAGUAAUGGUAGAUGUUAUUGUCCAAGAGAUUUAGGGUAAGGUAUGUAACUAUUUGAAAUUGAGAGUAUUUUAAGUACAAGUAGAAGAGAAAAAGUUGAAUUGCCAACUACAGUGGUUGAUUUAGAUGCAAUCAAAGGAAAACCAUUUGAUACAGAUGGAAUGAAAGUAGUUACAGUAGAUUUAUCAAAUAAAGCUGUUAUGAAAAGAGAUGAAAUUCUAAAAAGAGCAAAAGAAGCAGAAAAAUAGGAUAAUUAAUAACCACCUAAUACAACAACUGAAGCAAAAAAGGCUCCAGCUUCUGGGGGUGGAAGAGAAAGAAGAGUAUUAAAAGAAUUAAAUGAUGCUAUAACUAAAGGUUCUAAUGAAUGUAAAAUAUAUCCAACUGCAGAUGAUAUUGGUGUUUGGAAAAUUUUAAUGAUAGGCCCAAAAAAUAGUCCAUUUGAAAAUGGAAUCUAUUAAUUAGCCUGUGUGCUUCCUCAGGAUUAUCCAUUUAAACCUCCUAAAAUUACAUUUGUUACUAAAAUGCAUCAUCCAAACAUUAGCAAAACCUCUGGAUAAAUUUGCUUAGAUAUCCUAAAAGAUAGAUGGAGUCCUGCUUUAACUGUAUUUUCAGCUAUUGUUUCUAUUAAUAGUUUAUUAACUGAUCCAAAUCCAGAUGAUGCUUUAGAUAGUAAUGUAGCAGCUGAAUAUAAACAUGAAAGAAAACUUUAUCAAGAAAAUGUAUUAAAAGAAAAACAACUCUAUGCUAAUCCAACAGUUGAAAAUUUAUUAAAUGAUGUUUUAGGUUAAGUUAGUGUUGAUUCAUAAGAAUAUAAAGAUGCUCAUAAAGAUCUCACUGAAUGGAUUUAAUAGAAUAAAAAAUGAAUUAUUGUG